UGCGCCUUCCCAGAGAGUGAGGGCCUGGUGGCUGUCACGCCAGGCUCCUCCAAUGCGGGCUGGGCCAUGAGUCCCGAUCAGGAGUGCACCGCUGGCUCCUACUGCCCUUUCGCCUGCCCUCCAGGCCAGCUGAUGAAUCAGUGGAAGCCAGGGACGACCUAUGUGUACCCAGAAUCCAUGGAUGGCGGCCUGUACUGCGAUGAGGAAGGCAGCAUCUCGAAGCCUUUCCCGAGCGAGGAGUACUGUGUCGAUGGCAUUGGCAAUGUGAACGCCGUCAACAACUGCGGGGAUGUCGUGGCCUUCUGCCAGACUGUCCUCCCUGGAAACGAGAACAUGCUCAUCCCAACGGCCGUGGACAGCACUGCGGUCCUUGCGGUCCCCGGGACCAGCUACUGGGAUGAGACGGCUGCGCACUUCUAUGUUAACCCGCCAGGCUACAGCACCGAUGAGGCUUGCGCAUGGGGCACGAGUGCGAAACCGAUUGGCAACUGGUCGCCCUAUGUUACUGGGGCCAACCAGGACUCGACGGGCAACACGUACGUCAAGCUCGGCUGGAACCCGAUCUAUACAGAUUCCUUCAAUGGUGUCCUGCCCACCUUUGGACUGAAGAUCGAGUGCGACGGUGACUGCGUUGGUCUUCCCUGCAGUAUCGACCCCAGCACAGACGGCUUCGGAGGUGUCACUAGUGAAGAGGCCGCAAGCGGUGCGGGAGGCGCUGACUUUUGCGUCGUCACUGUCACUUCUGGAUCUGCCAGCGUCGUGGUGUUCAAUACC